CGCAUCCACUUCCGGGCUCGGCAGCUAGACGAGCGGGGGCAGCCUCAGAGCUGGUGAGGUUGGGGACGCACGGAGAGGUGCAGUUGUAUUUUCAAAAAUGCAUGGAGAGUGACUGCUAAUAGCAUCUCAUCAGAGCUGUGGGCCUGACCCCCUCCCAUAGGAUGUAUGGAAAACAGUUUGCCAUCUGUAGUCCCAGAAGACCUCCACUCAGAUCCUGAUGGCUGACUCAGAAGCACUCCCCUCCCUUGCUGGGGACCCAGUGGCUGUGGAAGCCUUACUCCGGGCCGUGUUUGGGGUUGUUGUGGAUGAGGCCAUUCAGAAAGGAACCAGUGCCUCCCAGAAGGUCUGUGAGUGGAAGGAGCCUGAGGAGCUGAAGCAGCUGCUGGAUUUGGAGCUGCGGAGCCAGGGCGAGUCGCAGGAGCAGAUCCUGGAGCGGUGUCGGGCUGUGAUUCGCUACAGUGUCAAGACUGGUCACCCUCGGUUCUUCAACCAGCUCUUCUCAGGGUUGGAUCCCCAUGCUCUGGCUGGGCGCAUUAUCACUGAGAGCCUCAACACCAGCCAGUACACAUAUGAAAUCGCCCCCGUGUUUGUGCUCAUGGAAGAGGAGGUGCUGAGGAAACUCCGGGCUCUGGUGGGCUGGAGCUCUGGGGACGGAAUCUUCUGCCCUGGUGGCUCCAUCUCCAACAUGUAUGCUGUAAAUCUGGCCCGCUAUCAGCGCUACCCGGAUUGCAAGCAGAGGGGCCUCCGCACACUGCCGCCCCUGGCGCUAUUCACAUCGAAGGAGUGUCACUACUCCAUCCAGAAGGGAGCUGCGUUUCUGGGACUUGGCACUGACAGUGUCCGAGUAGUCAAGGCUGAUGAGAGAGGGAAAAUGGUCCCCGACGAUCUGGAGAGGCAGAUUGGUACGGCCGAAGCUGAGGGUGCUGUGCCGUUCCUGGUCAGUGCCACCUCUGGCACCACUGUGCUAGGGGCCUUUGACCCCCUGGAGGCAAUUGCUGAUGUGUGCCAGCGUCAUGGGCUCUGGCUGCAUGUGGAUGCUGCCUGGGGUGGGAGCGUCCUGCUGUCACAGACACAUAGGCAUCUCCUGGAUGGGAUCCAGAGGGCUGACUCUGUGGCCUGGAAUCCCCACAAGCUCCUGGCGGCAGGCCUGCAAUGCUCUGCACUUCUUCUCCAGGAUUCCUCGAACCUGCUCAAGCGCUGCCAUGGGUCCCAGGCCAGCUACCUUUUCCAGCAGGACAAGUUCUACGAUGUGGCUCUGGACACGGGAGACAAGGUAGUGCAGUGUGGCCGCCGUGUGGACUGUCUGAAGCUGUGGCUCAUGUGGAAGGCACAGGGCGAUCAAGGGCUGGAACGGCGCAUCGACCAGGCCUUUGCCCUUGCCCGGUACCUGGUGGAGGAAAUAAAGAAGCGGGAAGGGUUGGAGCUAGUCAUGGAGCCUGAGUUCCUCAAUGUGUGUUUCUGGUUCGUACCCCCCAGCCUGCGAGGGAAGCAGGACAGCCCAGAUUACCACGAAAGGCUGUCCAAGGUGGCCCCCGUGCUCAAGGAGCGCAUGGUGAAGGAGGGCUCCAUGAUGAUUGGCUACCAGCCCCACGGGCCCCGGGGUAACUUCUUCCGUGUGGUUGUGGCCAACCCUGCGCUGACUUGUGCUGAUAUGGACUUCCUCCUCAACGAGCUGGAGCGACUAGGCCAGGACCUGUGAGCCUUCUUCUUGCUGCCAGCCUUGAUACCACCCCUCACCCGCAGAGUCACUGCAUUUCCUCCCUGUGCUCUCAAGAACAGCCUUUGAGGCCGGGCACAGUGGCUCAUGCCUGUAAUCCCAGCAUUUUGGGAGGCCGAGGCGGGUGGAUCACUUGAGGUCAGGACUUCGAGACCAGCCUGGCCAAUAAGGUGAAACCCUGUCUCUACUAAAUAUACAAAAAUUAGCCGAGCAUGGUGGCACGUGCCUAUCAUCCCAGCUACUCGGGAGGCUGAGGCAGAAUUGCUUGAACCCAGGAGGUUGCAGUGAGCCGAGAUCGCACCCCUGCACUCCAGGCUGGGCAACAGAACGAGACUCCAUCUCAAAAAAAAAAAAAAAAAGAACAGCCUUUCUAAGCCACAGUGAUCUGCACAAUGUUUAUAUGCUUUGACCUACUAACUCUUUCUCCUAACUAAAUAUUUGAUUUUAGGAGAGUGUUUAAAUAAAUUAUAGUAUGUCUAUAUGAUGGAAUGUUAUUUUGCCAUUAAAAUUAUGUUUACAAAGAUAAUUUUUAUUGACAUAAAAAUAACUUUAAUGUAAUUUAUGUUGAAAAAGCUGAAUACAGCCAGGCGCAGUGGCUCAAGCCUGUAAUCCCAGCACUUUGGGAGGCCGAGAUGGGCGGACCACGAGGUCAGGAGAUCGAGAUCAUCCUGGCUAACACGGUGAAACCUCGUCUCUACUAAAAA